AUGGGUUGCGGCGGCAGCACACAAAGUGCUUUGCUUCUGCAGGAGGAGCCCCUGAAGGAAAGGAACACAGCGGGGUCUAACGAAUCUACUGUUGAGCCGAACGAUGAAGCACCUUCAGGUGAUUCCCUACCAUGGAAGGAGGUUGUCAAAGUCGACUCGCAGAGAUCGGCAAGAUCUCAAGUUACCACAGGGGAUUGCACUCCUGCCGUCGAAGCCGUCCCAAGCGAGACCAUCGACAGCCUGCUCAGUGCAGAUUUCCUCCAUGCGGGCACUGGUGCGCCGGACAUGGAAAACAGCAAAUUGAAUGCCAAUUUGCGAAAGUUUGCAGUCAUCGACGCGGAAGGCACGAUCCCUGAGGAAUUCCCUCGCCUCGCGAGGCUGAUUAUACGAAAUCAGGCCCGGAUGCUGGCCGGCCAGGAGCUGAAGGUUUCCAGAUGUUUCUCGGAAGACACCGCCGAGUACCCUCCGGACCUCGGCAAAGCCGUGGGGGUGGUUGGUUGUCGCAGGUUGACGGAACCCGUUUUGGCAGACGAACGCUUCAAGCACAUAGAGGGGUCCGGCCAUCGGACGAGCCAAGAGCUGCAAGCGAAGCUGUGGAGGUGCUGGCAGGAGAAGGAUCCACGGCUACCAGGACGACUCUCCGACAAGGAGGAACCGAUUCAAAGUUCACAAUCGUCACCUGCUAUCGUGAAAAAUGCGCUGCAGGUGCCAGACGACCUGGUGGCUGCGCUCGAUGCACAGCUGGACAGCUUCCGAGUUGAAGAGGAGCUUGAGCUCGCGAGCAUUGAAAAAGCAGCUGAAGAGCAUCGAGGCAUCGCCGAAGAAGGCAUCAGUGCCUUAGUAGAGGGCCUCCAGACAGCCGUGCAAGAGGUGCUUUAUCGUUCUGGAGAUGGCAACGUUCCAGAGGCUUUGGCUCUGGAACACAGCCAUGGCGAAGCAGAGUGGCAACGGAGGGACAACGUGCUGUUCAUCUUGGAUUGGGACGACACCAUCUUUCCGACCACCUGGCUUGCCACGAAGCCCUGGUUCCGAAACUGGAUCCGGGAAAAGGGUUCACCGGAAAGCAUCGGCGAAAUUGAUCCUGAAGACCUUGAACAUCUCAACGCUCUGGACAUGGCGGCUCAUGAGUCCAUCUCUUGGAUGAACAGCAAGAGCACGCUGGUGUGCAUUACGUUGUCUCAGAGACCCUGGGUGGAAAUGUCAAUGAAGGCGUUCAUGCCUCGGUUGGCUCGGCUGUGGCAGGAAUGUGAGAUCUCCGUGCACUACGCGGUUGAGGAGUAUGUUGCUACACCCAGCAGGCAGGGCUUCUGGUGCCAGAAGCCCAGUGGCGCCGGGGGUUUGGAAGGCACCGUGCUGGAGCUUCACAUAAGAUCCAACCGCAAGCGCAAGGUCAUGGAGCGCAUCCUGCGGAGGUUCUACCGGAAGAACAGCAACUGUUGGCUGCAUGCCGUCAGCGUUGGCGAUGGCUUGGCCGAGAGGGAUGCUCUGCAGGAGAUCUCCAUGACCCAUCAGAAUCCAGCCCAAGAGUCCGGUGAGAGAAGAUUCCGAGUGAAGACCAUACAGAUGAUCGAGGAUCCUAGUUGUGAGCACAUCAAGAUGCAGCUUGAGGUUCUCAAGAAGUGGACCCAGGUCAUCAUUAACAGCGACCAG